UGUUAGGAGAGAGAGAGGAGCAGGUUGUAUAGUCUUACUGCAGGAGUAUCAGGGCUAAUAAACAGGAGGGUGGACGUGCCCCCCUCUCUCUCCUCUCCUCUCCUCUCGCCUCCUCCGCAGUGCACUUGCAGCUGAGCAGCACUCCGGACAGGACGGUCUCCUCCCCCCUCCUCUUCUGCCUCCUCUUCUUAUUCCUCUUUUUUUUUUUUUUUUGCUAUCUAUGUGUGGUGCUGCUGAGGGGUGCACCUUCAGUCGCAUCUCACUCCGGUGUGGGGGUCCUGUACGAACGGACGCGUGACGGUGAGGACUCAUUGAUAAAAAUCCAAACGCCACUGGGAUUAAAAUGAGCACUCCUGCUGCGCGGCUCUCCUCCACCUCCACCUCCUCCUCCUCCUCCUGCUGCUCUGCCUCCUCCACAUAGCUGCUGCUUUCUCUGCACAAGAUCUGAUUUUAUGAGACUCCAGUAGGCGACGCAGGAUGACUACUACAUUAUCGCUGGUGGUUUUGUGCGCUCUGGUGGCGUUAGUGUUGGCAUCUAAGACGGAACGGGCUGUGCUUCUGCAGCCCUGUGACAGUGGCCAGUACACGGCCGGUGGGGAAUGCUGCGAGCAGUGUCCACCUGGAGAGGGAGUGGUGAAGAAAUGCGGCGCUACGCAGACGGUCUGCGCCCAGUGUUUGGACAGCGAAACUUUCUCAGAGAACUACAGUCACACAGAACAGUGCUCGCCCUGCACGCAGUGCACCGGCCUGAUGCGGAUGGAGACGCCUUGCACCGACUCCAACGAUGCCAUCUGCAUCUGCAACUACAACUACUUCUUCAGCUCGAUAUCGGGCCAAUGCGAGUCAUGCACGGUGUGCCCUGCAGGCCAGGGUGUGUUUGCGCACUGCGAACACAACCACGAUACAGUGUGUGAGGAAUGUGUGGACGAUACCUACUCUGACCGGGAAAGCUACCUCGAUCCCUGCCUGCCCUGCACCAUCUGUGACGAGGAAACGGAGAAACAGCUGGCUGAAUGCACACCAACCAGUGAUUCUGUCUGUCACAAUCCUCUACUUCCCACAUAUUUCGCUCCGACAGACAUGGACCCAUCUCCACCCUCAUUUACCAAUUACUUCCUCCCUGGCUCUGACAGUCCGAUUCCAGGAGCAGAGACAACCACCUCCAGCGCUGGCUCUCCUCGCUUCCUCGGCCACGGGCUCAACGAAAACCUCAUCCCCAUCUACUGCUCCAUCGUGGCUGCUGUGGUGGUGGGCCUGGUGGGCCUAGUGGCCUACAUUGUUUUUAAGAGGUGGAACAGCUGCAAGCAGAACAAGCAGGCAGCUAAUAACCGCGCGGCUACGAACAACCAGAUGGUGACGCCGGAGGGAGAGAAGCUGCACAGCGACAGCGGCAUCUCAGUCGACAGUCAGAGUCUGCAGGAGCAUCAACAGCAGCAGCAGGCCCAGGCCGAAGUCCAGGCUCAACCUGCACGCUCUCACACACAGGAACAGAUAGUGGUGAGGGUCGAUGGUGGCCCCCAGCCUGACACGCCACCCCCUGAAGUCUGAGGAGAAAGAAGAGGAGACAUCAGAGCUGAACACAGGGAGAGGAGAGUUGGGACUUGACAGUGGACCAAAAAAACAAAAGCAGGGGGGGGGAGGGGCACAUGGGAAUGUAAAACUGAUCUCCAGUUCACAUCUGAAGUGGCCACAGAGAAAAUCUUUUGACUUUGAAAGCCUCCCAGCACCUUUGGACCACAGUCUGACUCUUCAUCCCUGCAUACAGAGUCCAAAUCUACCCAUCAGUGUGCCUGGACACAAACUGUACGGCAAUAUCAAUCUGUACCAAUGUCACUGCACAUACAUAAUCAUACAAAAUGCCAGUGCAUCUCGUAUUAAAUGACAGUAUCUAAUAUUCCCACCAACUGCCAAUUUAGCAUCCCCAAACCCUGCCUAAUCCUGCCAUUUCCCCUCUACUUCCAUGAUCACUAGCCAUGAAACGAAUGUGCCUGAAAUGGAAAUAGGCAGACAGGUUCUUUAUGAUCUCCCCUUUCUUUCCUAUGUGCAUCAAAAAUAAUUUUCUCUCUUCCUCUGUGGUGUCCCACUCUCAGUUAAUCCCUCAUCUCCAUCCAAAGGAUCCUAUCCAUUAGAUCCCCCCCCCCCCCCCCCAUUGUCUGCGAUACAAAAAGUAGCGGGGGAGGCGUGAGUCAACCCCAACUUCUCCUGUAGUUUCUUGUUCUUUUUCAUUAUUUAACGGACACAUUUCAUGGCAUGUUGUCUCGAAGAGUGUUUGCGUCAAUGUUUGAGAUUGGCAGCUCAGGCUGAUGCAAGUGACUCAUAUCUGGGAAGAAAGGUCAAUUGCUGCGUAGCCCUCUUGGUAAUCAACUAUUUUUUCUCUUUUUCCUGCACUUUCUCUUUCCCUUGGCUGAAAUAGACCUCUUCACAGUGGCUCCAGGGAUUGUAUUUCAGUAAUUUCAUGCUUAUAAUGUAACACGGCUCCGGUUGGUGGUGCAUUAUUUUCAUUUUGUGGCUUCAGUUACAUGGCUGAUUCAGCAGGGUGCUUCCCUCGGCUCUCUAUGGAGCCUGGAUGGGCAACAUGAGAGAAACAUCUCCUGGGCUGUGGAGCUCUGCUGAGUCACUGUGAUGGGUUGAGAUGCAAGCUGUGACGUCAUUGGUGACCCAGUAUAGAGCUGCUACAUAAACAGACGCUUUAAUGAAUUUGGUGGGGAAAAAUAUGCCCAAAGUCCCAUCUGUCAUGCCUUACACUUGCUGAGUAGGAAAAUUGGGACACCCCUCAGAGGCAAACUCUUCACUAUCCUCCUCUCACCGACAGCACCGCCCUCUACAUACUCACUGUUACACUUACACACAGCUCUGAUCGAGCCUGAUAAACAGUCCUGAGGCGCUAAUGUACCAGCCGCGCUGAAUCCAUCAACACAAGGCCCAUUAGCGAGACAUCCCGACAGGCAGGUAGUAAUUACCUCAGGGUUUCAGCUUCUUUACCCUUUGCUCUUCUCAGCUCAGACACAGCUCAUCGGGGGUAAUGCUGUGGUCAACAGAGGGCUGACAUGGCCCUAUUUGAAGAUGCAACAUGACAUUACAGAUCCCUUCUCCAAGCCUCAGGCCGGUGACAUUUAAUAUACCGCCAUGGUGGUAUAAAAGCACUUAGAAGUAUAGCUGGGUGACACUUUUUUUUUUAUCACAAAGAAUGUCUUUUAUGUUCACCCCCUACUACUUGCAGUAACUAUAAAAGCAUAGAUAUCUUGUAUAGAAGCAUAUUGGAGUUACGCUUGACUGCACUGCUUUAGCAUCCAUUCCUACAGGGGCACGUGCUUUCUCAGGGUCCCAAUUUUUGUGAUUUGACAAAAAAAUUAGAGUAUUUCUGUAAACAUCCUGUAAAGUUUAAAUAGACUAGGCAGGUAGACAGGUACAUACAUGAAGCAGCUGUAGAGUAAAAAAACUGUUAAAAGGUGCAGUUUAAUGUGUGUAUUUGAUUGUAUUGAUUAAGGCACUGAUGAAUCAGAAUGGGUUUGAAAUUUUAAGGGAAUUUAUUUUCUUUCCAGCACUUACAUGAGAAAAUCAAGCAGCAAAUUCCAGGCUGAGAAAAAAACAAAUGAGGCAGGUUAUAAAAACUGCAGUUCCUCUAGUGGUCACUUGAGGCUCGAUCCAAAAGGGACUGAACCUCGUUGGGCCCCAUGUUAAAAUGCCCAACGUAAAAGCAGAAUAAAAAUUUUAACAGCCUGGUUAAAAAAAAUAAUAAAAAAAGUCAGAAAACAACAUUGGUUUUGGCAGCUUAUGAAUUCAGGCGCAGAACGCACAGUUUGAUAAGUACGUUUUGUAGCUCCAAUACAGCCACUUUAGGUUUAGACAAUCAACUUGGUGGUGGCCAAAAUGCUGACCUUGAAGCUUCAAAAAUCCAGCUGACAGAACAAUGGAUGACAUCUAUGAAGAAGAUUGGUACCAACUUAUGUUUGUGAAUAAAGCUCUUGCCAGCAGCUUUUGAGCCUAUAGCUAAACAUAAGGACUGGGAAACCAAAGAAUUAGCAAGCCUUGAUCUGUCUUAAGAUAACAUCAGUCUACCAGUAAAAUGAAAGCUGCCUUGUCAACAAUGAGACAUUUCUUUGCCAGUUUUAUUAAUUAAAAGAAAAAAAAGAAAUCAAACAAAAUAUGUUGAGUUUUUACAGAUUGGACUAUUUAACCCCAGGACAAGUGGUUUCAUUUUUCUGUGUAAUUCUUGCAAAGAAAGCACACUCCUGUUUGACUCUGAAAAGUAAAUACAAGACUUAUUAAGUUUAAAAGAGAAAUAUGUAUUGUGUUUACUGGUCAGCAGAGCUGGAGUUCAGAAUGAGUCAUUACAUACUGUGUGAUUCUGCAUCGAUGGGCGGCAUUGUCACCAACAUCUCAAGACAAUUCAACUUCCCGGUCUCUCUCUGUGAUUCAUCUUUUUGGCUGCAGCACUACGAAAGGAAACGAAUAAAACACUGCUGUAUUCUGCUUACAGCUCCUAAGUUGAUGUGGGCAUGUGGUAUGGACAUGUGACUACACACACAUUCACAGACACACACACAUUGAAAGUGAAUGAUUCACUCCUCUAUUGAGAGAGCCGGUAUGAAUCAUUCUGAUCCUGGCUGUGGCUCUUGCAUUAAAGCAAACGCUGCUACAGUAUGAGUGACCAGAUUGUUGAUUUAGAGUGGUAGAACCCCCCCUUCCCUCGAGGUCCAAUUAGCCCUCCGGUACCAUACUCAUCCAUCCUCAUCUGACUUCAUUUCUUUCUACAGCAGCUUGUGGAGUGAAACACACAAUGUAAGAAUGUACAACCGGAAACUACACAGAAAUAUGCAAGACACAUUCAAGGUUAAGAUUUGAAUUUGGCCUCAUUUAUUGUUGUAAAUUGUUUUCGUCUUUACAUUUGCUUGUUGGUCUAUAUUUUGAAUAGUAUUACACUUUUAGAUUCAGUAUUUUUUCUAACUGAUAUAUUGUUUUGUAGCACUUAUUAGAUGUACAACUAAUGCACUCAAAGAGUGUACCACAGUUCAAGUGCCUGUGUACAGUGUCAGGUGUUUGAAAAUUGAACUAUAUUUCUUUUGCAAAUGUUCCACUUAUUUUAUGAUUUUAUGUGCAUUUCUUUUAUUUUUUUAAGAGCUAAUGAAGGUUUUUGGUAAACAGAAAAAAACGUUAUACAUUCUUUGUGGAGACUCAAGCAAACUGUAAAAACUUGGCACCAUUAUUAAGACUUACAUGUACGAAUAGGUUGCCAAUGAAUACAUACUGUAUGCGUACACGCUAUUAAUACCGGCAACCGAUAGGGCCAUGUAGCAUAACAAAUAACAUACAUGUCUGCUACUCUGAAACUCACAUAUUAGGUAAUAGAAAUCAGCGGUGUGCUGAGUUUUUGCAUGUACAGUAGGUCUCAUCGCGUGCCUCCAUUUUAGAGGCGACAGGACAUGUAAUGUGCUGUAAUAUGAAUUCUUUGGGGAGGUUCGCUGUGAUUCUCUGUCUUAUUAUUACAAACUUGAUACAGAAAGAUCAGGACUUUCUCCCCAAAAAAGCUGAAUGUCACCUGUACUUACCUACUAAUUUUAAAUGCAUUGUGUUAAUGUGAAUUUCUUAGAGUUGAUACAAGAUACAAAAAUACAUUAUAAAUGUACAAAAAAAAUUAAAAUGUGUGCAAAUGAAAUGAGCAUCUAUAAUACAAUAAACGAGAUGACAUUGCAA